AUGGAAGUUGAAGUCCCCAAGACGGUGUCAACUUUUGCUGAGAUUUACACCAUGAAGCAACGAUCUCGGGCCUGCGAGCUCUGCCAGAAACUCAAAGCCAAAUGCGAGGCUUCCUCCACGGGGAAAUGUGACCGCUGCAAGCGUGCAGGGGUCGAAUGCGUUCCUGCAGCGCCACGGUUCCAGCGCGACCGCAUUGCCGAACUAGAGGCACAGGUCGAGGAACUCACACGUCGACGGUUGAGGGACACCCCCACUAACGAGUCGCUCAUUCCGUUCAUUGACGCGAGAAUUCGUCCCGAUGAGCAGAGACGCGUUCUUACUGCGUAUACCGCCCACAAUGCCGUAGUGUGGCCCUUCCUCUCUGUUGCCGAUACGGACCUCGAGCACCUCAGGGAGACAUCACCGCUCCUGCUACUGGCCCUGCUCGCUUUCCCUGGCGACACACUGCUCCCGGCGCAUGUACAGGAAGAGCUAGUCCUCAAGGCCAUGUCCACAUUCGGGGAAGAGAUCAUCGCGAAAGGAAACCGUUCCCUGGAAAUGGUCAAGGCUCUCCUGACGGCAGCAUUCUGGUUUCGACAAGCCAGACAGGUGCCUCACGGGCAUUGCUACCAGCUGACGCAGUUGGCGGUCGACAUGGCCAUUGACAUUGGCAUCGCUGGGCCUCAGCUCGUCAGGACACCCCCGGCUUACUUUUCCGAGACUAAGAAUCCGACGUCUUUGGACGCCAGAAAGACGUGGAUCGCUUGCUUUCUCGCAGCAGCUUCAAAUUCGCUCUGCAUCAGGCGACCAACCAUCGUCACAUGGACGCCGUACCUUGAGGAGUGCAUCCAGUGCCUGGAUAAGACCGACGACUGUCUUGCUCACAUGGCACGAAUCAUGAAAAUCUGCAACCAAAUUGCGGGCAACCUAGGUCUAUGCGACCUCACAGUCUAUAAUAGUGUCGAAGACGCAAGGGACCAGAUGGCUACCCUCCGCGGUCUUGUCUUGGCUUGGCAUGCUCAACUGCCGGCAGCCCUCGCGAACCGGCCCGUCUUUAGCUUUUGGCGGGAGAUUGCGGGUCUACUUAUCCAUGAGGUUGUCUUGCACACACAGACGAACAAGGCACUGUUUGCUGGGCCGUAUGUACCAGGCAAGAUUGGGGUGAAGGACUUUGCAGCUCCGGCCAAACUAUCGACAGAAGUGGUCUUCACGUUGCAGAGUCUCCUCAAGGCGUGCCACGGUGCAAUACAAAUCUUCUCAGACAUGAGCCCCUCCAUGAUGCUUGGACUCCCGUCCUUGACAAUUGGUCCGGCUGUCCUGCAUGCCCAUUUUGUGCUGAUACAGGCUCACGUCGCCGUCACAGGACUUCAUAAUAGCCUCGGCCAGAUCUCGACUCCGGACCAAGUCGCGCUUUCGGCCAACAUGCAGAAACUGGAAGAUGUGGCGCAGGUCCUAGACACGAUCGACCCUUUCUUGGCCUCGUACACAACGACCGUCUUGCAAUCAUCGCGAUGGCUGCGAACUUGGCUCAACGACUACGAUGCCAUUACGCGCCGCUAUGAGGCGAGCCUGUCCAUUGAGUGCGAGUUGGAGCAGACGCGUCUCUGA